CACAGCUCAGUCGAUUACUUAACUCCAUCAAGUUAACAUCUUUGCAGAAAUGGCAUUCAAGUUUGUAGCCUUCUUCGCCAUGAUGGCCGUUGCUCGUGCCGGAGUUCUUGCACCAGCUGCAUUGUCGGCUCCUCUGGCCAUCGCUUCUCCAGUUGCCAAGGUGAUUUCUGCUGCCCCAGUUCUACAAAAGAACAUCGUUGCCGAUGAAUACGACCCUAACCCACAGUACGCGUUCUCGUAUGGAGUUUCCGAUUCCCUGACCGGUGAUCAGAAGUCUCAACAGGAGUCCCGCAACGGAGAUGUUGUUCAGGGAUCGUACUCGCUGAUCGACGCUGAUGGACUGAAGCGUACCGUUGAUUAUGUUGCUGACCCGAUCCAGGGAUUCAAUGCUGCUGUUCGACGUGAGCCAUUGAACGCUAUCGCUCCGGUCGUUGCUGCCAAGACCAUCGCUCAACCUAUUUUGGCUGCCCCAGUGGCCAAGACUAUUAUCUCGCAGCCAGCUUUGAGUCCUUAUGCUUCCGUGGUUUCCAAGAAUAUCCUGUCGCAACCUGCUAUUUCCGCUUACGCUGCUCCUCUGGCCACCAAGACUAUCCUAUCGCAGCCAGCUCUGACUUCUUACGCCUCUCCUCUGGCCACCAAAACUAUCCUAUCUCAGCCAGCUCUGGCCGCCCGGACCAUCAUUUCUCAACCAGCUUUGAACGCAUACGCCGCUCCAGUAGCUACCUCUGCCAUCCUGUCGCAGCCUGCUCUGUACGGUUCUCCUCUGGCUGCCAAGUCCAUCCUUUCUCAACCAGCCUACUACUGAGCGUUGUGGACUUUCUUAUUGUUUGGAUUCAUCGAACGAGAUUUACCAUUGGAUUUACCUAAAUGUUUGUAGAAUAUGGCCUGCCUUGUUUAUUGCGAAUAAAACGUUGC